UGAAGACUGCACAUCACGGUGAAACGGCUGCUACUACUGACGCAAAACCAUCGUCGCCUAUUACGUUGCCGUUCUUCGAGUGCUUCCCUUAUCGGCGGGUAUAAGAGCGGCCGGCUGCCUGGAGGGGGCACGGUUCCACCAUGGAGUCCCCCCGUGCGGCUGUGCUUCUCGUGCUGACUGCUGUGGCCGCUGCGGCGCCCACCGCCCAGACAGACCAGCCCAACAUCGUCUUCAUUCUUGCGGAUGAUUUGGGUUUCAACGACAUCUCGUGGCACAACCCGGACAUCCUGACGCCCAACCUGGCCAAGUUGGCCGGAGAGGGCGUCCUUCUGGAGCAGAGCUAUGUGAUGCCCCUGUGCACGCCGUCCCGUACCGCCCUGCUCACCGGACGAUACCCGUACAGGAUGGGUACCCAGCGCGGCGCCAUUCUGCCCCGGCAGCCAAUCGGUCUCAGUGUGAACUUCACUCUACUGCUGCCCGAACUGCUCCGCUCUGUCGGCUACAGCACACACAUCGUCGGCAAGUGGCACCUGGGCUUCUGUGCGCCCGAGUUUCUCCCCCAAAACCGCGGCUUCGACACCUUCUACGGCUUGUGGAAUGGCCAGGAAGACCACUUCACACACGACCUGAACAACAGCCUCGACCUGAGACUGAACAUGGAGCCGGACUGGAACCAGAGUGGCAUCUACUCCACGGAGCUGUUCGCCUCGCGCGCCGAACGCAUCAUCACCGAACACGACAAGUCCAAGCCGCUGUUCCUGUAUCUGCCGUUCACGGCUACCCACCAGCCCGUCCAGGCUCCGGAGGAGCUCGAAGAGCUCUACCCCAACAUCCCCAACGACCUUCGUCGCACAUUCAGCGGCAUGGUGACCGCGCUCGACAUCGCGGUCGCGCGGGUCGUCGAGUCGCUCAAGGCGUCCGGCCUCUACGAGAACUCUGUGAUCGCGUUCGUCAGCGACAACGGUGGCAUGUUGACGGCGGCUGGUAACAGCUGGCCUCUGCGCGGCGCCAAGGGAACGCUCUGGGAGGGCGGCACCCGCACGCCGGCGUUUGUUCUGUCCCCCCUGCUGCAGAAGACGGGCUACGUCAGCAACGAGAUGAUCCACAUGACCGACUGGGCGCCCACCUUCCUCCGGCUGGCCGGUGUCGACACCUCGGACCUCGGCCUGGACGGUGUGGACCAGUGGGAGACGCUGUCGACCGGGUCCCCGAGCGCGCGCGACGAGUUCGUCUACAACAUGGACACGUUCCCGGUGGGCUUCAGCGCCGCGCUGCGCCAGGGCGACAUGAAGCUGGUCUGGGGAUGGCCCGGCCAGAACAGCGACUGGUACCCGGUGCCGGACUCCAACAACGUGACCCUCCCGGACCUGUUUGAUCCGGAGUACGUCCAGGACGUCAGGGAGCUGGACAUGUCCGACCACCUCACCGACCAGCACGGCGAGCCCACUCUCCCGGCACACCUCUUCAACAUCACUGCCGACCCCGAGGAGCGCCAGGACCUGGCCGAGCAGCUGCCGGACGUGCUGCAGAGGAUGCAGGACAGGGUGAGGGAGCUCCUGGUGGACGUGGUGCCCGGAUACUAUCCCCCGCAGGUGGACGAUGGAUACCCGUCGGACGGACUCUGGCAGACAGGGUGGUGCGAGGCUUACUGAGUCGGUCGGUUAGUCGCUCCAGGGGCUAGCUGAGUCAUUCGUUGUUGUUGUGUACUUAUUGACCUGUUAUGUAUUAUACUUUGAGGUGUAGCGCAAGGUAUGGUUGAAAGAGCUUCGACUAAGUGAUAGCUGAUAAAACUUAGAACCGAUUUAUGUUAAAAAAAAUUCUAUGUAAACGUGUGAUUCCCGGUCUAUGUAAUUUAGACCCGUGAGGUCGAGCGAUUUUAUGGUAAAUAUGAGUCAUCUUCAAAGACACUGCGCUGUUAUUAUGAAUUAUGUGGAUAGUAACACAUUUUGCCAAGCAUGG